UCGUUCUACACGCUCUUUCAUAUCUAAGUAUCAAAAUAAGAUACAGAAACAGUAGUAAAACAUGGCUAGUGGAGCUUGGAAAAUAGCAUUUCUAUGUCUUUUGUUUUUUAAUGUUUUCGUGGUGAAUGUGGUUGCAAGGAAUGUAGCUAGUAGUGAGAAGAAUGAUGAGGAGGAGGAGGAGAAGACUUUGGUAGGUCAUGGAAAGGGAGGAGGCUUCGGUGGUGGCGUAGGAGGUGGUGGUGGAUUUGGUGGAGGUGCCGGAGGAGGAUUUGGAAAGGGUGGUGGGGGCGGCUUUGGCAAGGGUGGUGGGGGUGGCUUCGGAAAGGGCGGUGGUGGUGGUGGAGGAUUUGGAAAGGGAGGUGGAGGCGGUGGAGGCUUCGGUAAGGGAGGUGGUGGAGGUGGUGGCUUUGGAAAGGGAGGUGGUGGAGGUGGUGGCUUCGGAAAGGGAGGUGGUGGCGGUGGAGGCUUUGGUAAGGGAGGAGGUGGAGGCUUUGGUAAGGGUGGAGGAGGUGGUGGAGGAUUCGGAAAGGGUGGAGGUGGCGGUGGUGGCUUUGGAAAGGGUGGAGGAGGUGGAAAGGGUGGGGGCUUCGGAAAGGGUGGAGGAGGAGGUGGUGGUUUUGGAAAGGGUGGUGGCUUCGGAAAGGGCGGCGGAGGCGGUGGUGGCUUUGGAAAGGGUGGUGGAGGUGGUGGGGGCUUUGGAAAAGGCGGUGGGGGAGGACACUAUGGUGGUGGGGGUGGCGGCGGCGGCGGAGGUGGUGGUGGGGGUGGACACCCUUGAGGAUCUUGUUAAGUGCAUGUGAAGUUAUGAAUAUAGUGCAUGGUUUGGGAUAGGAAAAUAAAAUAAGUGACUGAGAGUGUGUCAAAGGUUGGUAUCGGCCUUGGCUUAAUAUAGAUUGCAUUUAGCAGUUUUUAGUGUAUCAAAGCCUUGCCUUGCCAAAUCUGCUCCUAUGAUUAGGAUGUCCUAUUCAGAUGCUAUGCUAUCUUAUCUACACAAUUGGAGUUAAUAAAUAAUUAUUUCAGUUUCCAUAA